AACAUAGGUUGAAGUGUUUCAAUUAAGAAAAAGAAAAAGAAGGGGGGGGAGAAUCUGAGUGGGCAUUCUCACUGUGUAAAAUUUAUUUAUUUAUUUAAAUGUGUAUUAUCCUGCCUUUUCAACAUUUAGGUCCUCCAUUAAAAACACAGAGAGACCACCCAGGACUGGUCCACUCACUUUGUGUUUUACAGUGCCUGGCACAUUUGUUUCCGCUUAAACCAAAAGUUAAAAGGUGUAAUGUGAGUACUGACAAAUCAGUCUGGGGCCAUCGCAUACCUGUCAAUAGGAACAUGUUGGCAGGCAUGCCACUGUGUGAGUAGCCAAAGGAAACGAAGUAUUGAUUCUUGAGUGAAUGGACUGAUGGUCGGGUGGUGUGUGUGGGAGAUUUACUGCUUAUACAUGUAUUUACAAUUUUACAUCUUUAUUGAAAUGCAUGCGCCUUUUGUUAAAUAGUGAAGUCAAAUGCCUCCACCCCACCAACCCUUUUAAACACAGUCAGCAGGUUUUGCUUCGGCUUCCUCGCCUGCAAACGAGGAAGGGAUAGAGUGACGGCCGCGGCCAGGAGUCAACAACAACAACAACAACGCGCCGGGCGGGAGGCUGAAGGCAGCGCUUGGCUCGUGUGGAACUGCUUGCAGCAUAGACGAGCCAGUUUUGACUGACAGAGGAAUUGCCGUUGGUCGGCGGCGGCGGCCGCAGCAACGACCGUUAGUCUGGGAGAUGGUGUCAACCGCCGCGCCGCGCGCCGACAGAACAAGAGCCACUGCACACUUUCGAAUCUGGGCGCGCGGAGCUGGGUGAAGAGGGAGGGGGGGAAGGAGGAGUCACGCGCGGCUUCACAGCUCUGGCACGCUCUACUCUAUUCGACAACCCCCCCACCCUCCAUUUCCACACUGCUUACACCGCUGCCUCCUCCUCACCGCCCCCCCCCCGCGUUUAUUCUUCCAGGCGCUGCCUGUCCGUGUGCCUCCUACGUGCGUUCCACUUGGUACGGCCCACCUGGAAGAUCAUGGCGAUUGAUGGUGGAGAAAGAACCUGUGGCGUACAUGAACUAAUUUGCAUUAGAAAAGUUUGUAGAACUUCUGCUGAUUGUAGUUAGAGCACAUGAGAAUACGAAGAAUGUUAAUGAACAGAACAAGCACCUUUGAAAUAGUAUCUCCUGAGGCAGUUGGAUUUCUGUCAGCAGUUGGGCUGUUUAUUAUCCUGUUGUUGAUUCUUUUUCUGUAUAUUAACAAGAAGAUGUGUUUUGAAAAUGUUGGAGGCUUCCCAGACUUCAAUUCACGAUUCAAUGCCAGAAAAAAUUCACAGGACAAACUUUGUGUAGAGUAAAGCCCCACUUUCCAUAUAAUAUUUUAAAAACUUAGUUCUGCUAUCAUUAGCUGUUGAUGAUUUUUAAUAUACAUUGCAAAAAACACAUAUAACAAUUGAACCUUGCUUCAUAUCCAGUACAUUUUGCUUCAAUUACUUUUAAGAUAAAGGAAUUCAAACUUGCUAUGUCAUCGAAUUGAAGAAUAGGAUUUAGGAGAUCAAAGUUAAAUAAAGAACGUUCUGAGGAGUGGCAUAUUCACAAAGAUUAUCCUCUAAAAUUAUUUUAUUAGUCAACAAUUGAAACAUGGCAUUUUUAAAAAGUUUUCAACAAAAUAUAAAGCUUCCUUCUGUGUCUUCUCUGGUUGAUACACUAAGUAGUGCUGUGGAUGAUCUAACAAGUGCUGUUGGAGAUGUUAGCUAUACAGUAGCUGACUCAGUUACAGAGCAGGUAACAAGCAUGAUCAACAGCCUUCGGACAGAUGAAACUGCUAGAACACAAGAUGAUAAAUUUGCAGUAGGUAAUGAAGAAAUAAGAACACAAUUAAAUAAUGAUAAUCUGAGAGGAAAAGGAUAUAAUUCAGAAGAGAAACACAGAACUGAUUCUUUAAAACAAAGUACAAAUGAUGGAAGAGAAUUCCAUCAUAUAGGUAGAGUACAAAAUAAGCCAAAUGCUGCCGAAGCUAAUGAACUUGUUAAUGAAACAGAAGUAUGCAGGAAGGUAAAUAAUUCAAUGAAACAUGCAAAACGUGAAAGACAUGCAGGAAAUGAAUACUUGGAAAAUGCACCAUCUACUCUUUCAAAGGAAAAGCUUAAAGAAUCACAGAGUCUCUCAAAAGAAGUGAGUAGUAAGAAGACACCAGAAAAAGAUAAUUCAUACAUAAAUAAAGAUCAGCAUUGUUCAUCAUCUGAAAGUGAAGAUGAGGCAUUGGGUAAAUAUCAUGAAGCUUUGUCUAGAACACAGGGCUCAAGGCCACCAGCAACUGAUAACAAGCCACAGAAAAACUAUAUUUGGGAAACCCGGCAAAAAUAUAGCCCUUUGUCUGCAGAGUAUGAUGGAUACAGCAGUGAUGCUUCAAUAGAUGAAGCAAACUGCAUUCAGAGAAUGAGACAGACACCCCCUCUUGAUGAAUUGCAGCCUCCACCAUACCAAGAUGAUAGUGGCUCUCCGCACCUCUCAUGUACACCUUCUGAAGUUGGAGACAGCAAAUGUGAAUUUUCUCAGUGUAGCAACAGCCCAAGAUGUUCCUAUAAGUGCCCAAGUGAAGGAAGUACCGGGCAUGAAAUAGAAAGUUUCCAUAACAAAGGAUAUGAAGAAGAUGUACCCAGUGAUAGUACUGCUGUUCUAAGCCCAGAGGAUCUUUCGGCUCGAGGAUCAUCAUCCCAGCUCCCGAAGUCUUUUGAUCCUGAACCAGAAGCUAAAUAUGGCACACUGGAUGUGACUUUUGACUAUGACUCACAGGAACAGAAGCUUCUGGUAACAGUGACAGCUGUCACAGACAUUCCAAAUUAUAACAGGACAAGUGCAUGGCAAGUGCACCUGGUUCUUCUUCCCAUCAAGAAACAGAGGGCAAAAACCAGCAUCCAGCGGGGCCCAUGCCCUGUCUUCACAGAGACAUUUAGAUUUACUCAUAUUGAGUCCGAAAUGAUUGGGAAUUAUGCGGUACGCUUUAGACUGUACAGUAUACGCCGGGUGAAAAGAGAGAAGAUGCUGGGAGAAAAAAUAUUUUACUUAACCAAAUUAAAUCUUCAAGGGAAGAUGUCAAUACCAGUGAUACUGGAGCCUGCAUACAGUAUUUCUGGCUGUGACUCCCAAAUGAGCAUGUCAGAAAUGUCCUGCAGUGAAAGUACCUCCUCUUGUCAGUCUCUGGCUCAUGGAUCCGCUCCAGAAAUCCUCAUUGGACUCCUUUAUAAUGCCACAACUGGAAGACUAGCAGCAGAAGUGAUAAAAGGCAGCCACUUCAAAAACUUGGCAGCAAACAGACCACCCAACGGACUGUUCUGUUGUCUAAAACACUUGAUAGGUGGACAGGUUUAUAUAAUACGAGAUACAUAUGUUAAGCUGACGUUGCUGAAUUCCAUGGGUCAAGAGAUGUCCAAAUGCAAGACAUCCAUCCGAAGAGGGCAGCCAAAUCCAGUAUACAAAGAGACUUUUAUUUUUCAAGUGGCACUGUUUCAGCUUUCCGAUGUGACACUCAUAUUGUCUGUCUAUAAUAAACGCAGCAUGAAGCGAAAGGAGAUGAUAGGCUGGAUUUCUUUAGGUUUGAACAGUUCUGGAGAAGAGGAACUAAACCACUGGACUGAGAUGAAGGAAUCCAAAGGACAGCAAGUAUGUAGAUGGCAUUCAUUGUUAGAAUCCUAAAGGAUGGUUGUUGUGCCUCCACGGAGUGUCAGCAUUCAGCGAGGCUGCCCCUUAGGUGCAACUAAGAGAUGGAGUUGCAGAAGUUACAAAUUCAACAUUCCACUAUAACAAAUGCACAAAAUGCUGCAGAGCUGAUUAGCGUUCACAUCGUCACUUAACGUCACGGAUUUUGGGUAAAGUUUACCUGACGUUGAAGAGACAGCAACCCCAAAUCCUUAUCAUAACACUUUCAAGAUUGUUUUGGUCCACGUUUAGGUUUUCAGUUUAACUCAUAGGUAUUUUGUGUAAUUUCUCUAUUAUUACAAAGCCGUCUGUUUGUGUUGCUGAGAUGGUUUGUUUUUAGUGGUGCUCUGCUGUGUUCUGUAGGACCAGUCAAGAAGCAGAUUGAGAGAGGCGAGGGGGGGAGGAAUGGCUAAAGGGGGGAACAAAGCACAGCCAUGGGAGAGAAAUAGUGAGCCCUUUCUCAUGAUCAGUGAAAAGGGGCUCGAGGGAGAGCAUGGAGGAAGGCUGCUAGCCCUUACCCCCCCUCAGAAGAUCCUCCUGUCAUUGCUAGGUGGGUGGAUCACCUGCCCAGACGAUUGCCAGUUGCACCCGGCAGUGCAGAGGGUUGGGGCUGGCAGACAAGCAGAAAAAUGGGGCUAAGGGAGCACUUGGGCUCUUAACCUCAUUUUGGAGGCAGGCUUUGGAAGUGGGUUUGCCACCACCAGGAGCCGAGCGGCUCCCACUGGUUUUCACGCACAGGCAAAACCAGGCUGGGCUUCCUUAGCCCGCUCUUGCCUGUGCGUGAGAACAGCCUCAUUAUCAUGUUGGCUGGUGGUAGUAGGAGUAUUAAUUUCUCCCUCUCCCCUUAAUAACUUAACAUUUCCGACAGGUAGUUCAGUUUUGUGAGACACUAUUGUUGCUAUGCAAGAGUAGCUCUGUGUGCUGGCUGCUUUAAAUCUGACACACAAAGCCAGCUCCUCUGAGUUGCUUGCUUCGGUCUGGAGAAAGGCGAUAUUUUUUCUUAGGUUGCUGAAGUGGUUUUGAAAGAGGACUCGUCGCUCAUGAUGCACAUCACACUUUUACCCUUGGCAAGCAGGUGUUUACAUUGUUUUCAAUAUGUGUAAGAUCUCUUUCACCAGAGGUGACAGUGAAUAUGAAAGAUGGUGUGUAUGCCAUGGGAAGCAAAGUCUCUCUUAGACCACUUCCAGCUCUCUUAACAAUUAUUGUCUGUUCCAGCUUUUAUAUAGGACUGUUAGGAGGAUGUCUUCAAUUUAAAGUGUCCACCUUGCAGGUUUGAUACAUGCGUUGCUUCCUUGGAUCUCAGUGAAAUCAGGUUUCUGUUUUGGCAUUGAUCAGAUUUUCCUUAAGCACGUAACAGGAACCAUCUCUACUAUUUGCCUUGCAGUUUCCCUCUUACUGGUCCCUUGCAGACACUUAUAGACAUGUUGAAAAUACUGGAUCCAACAACCUGCACAGUUCAAUACUCCCAAGGCAGCUUUGGACUGUAUUUCUCAAAUAGCAACUGCCCAUAGCCCUCUUCAGAUCUUAUAGAAAGAUGCAGUGUGCAUCUAAAAUGGGGCUGAAAGUCCUGCCUUGGCCCUGUCAGUCAUUUGUGACAGCACACCGCUCAUGGGUAAGCCAGCAUUUGUCUGAAGAGGUGAACACUAUAUCUGUGAUUGCAGGUGCUUCCGUGAUCAGAAUAUGUGGAGAGGACUCAUGUCACAUGGCAGUGGAGUUUCAAAAGCAGUUUGCAAUAUGGAAUAAAGGUUUGCUACUCCAAGAGAAAAACUAAAAUGUUUUAUCAGAUGCACCCAAGCCUUCAAGUACACCUAAGCAAUUCUAUUGAUCCUGCCUUUCCUGUUUUCAUUUUUCCCAAUAUAAGAGGCUUGUAGAACAUGACUGAAAUCCUGCAUGCAGUUUCUUGUGAGUGUUUCUCACUGAUGCUAGCAGCAUUUUUGUUUUGGCAAUGGUGCAGGAUUACAGUUCAUAACUUUAUUAAAAUGGCUUCACAUUCAUGUAAAGAUUAAUUUAUUCUAAUUAAAUACAUUUUGAAUCUUCUUGAAAGAGAUUGAAAUAUUGCAAUCUUCUGGAAAUUCAGGGGGUAAAAUCUGGGAGUUAAAAGGUUCUGAAGACAAGGACUUGGGUGGGUUUAUAUUAUGGGGGAAGAAACUACUAUCAUUACUAACAUUUUAUUUAGAUCCCCAGCAGUAUGUUACAAUAUAAUUUUUCAUCUUGGAAAGUCAGCUUCAUGGAUUAUUAUAUUCAAAGCACAUGGGAAAAUAUUUAAGAAUCUGCAGGCUCCAGAGUUCUUGUGGUGAAUUGUUUCAUCACUUUCUCUUUCAGCUACUGGUAGCUUUCAGGGUUUGUAGGUAACAGUGAAGCCUCAAGCUGGGGGACACUAUUUGAUUUCCUUGAGGAUAAGACUGGCAUUGUGAUAAAAAUGCUGCAGUUUAAACAAAUACCUAGAACUUCUACUGGGCAUAUUUGAGAUUGGAAACUGUAUCUGUUGUAGGCAUUGAAAAAUCCCAUGAAUUCAUGCUCAGGUGCCAGCUUCAGUUAAGAUGUGUGGAUGAGGUUAAUCUACCUAAAAGGUAUUUUAAAAAUCUUGAUUCACAAGUUUUCUUUUUUUGCUUAGAGUGAUCCAGUUGGGAAAGCACAUAUGCAUCACUCUGACCGCUCCACAAUAUUUCUGAAUGCCACUUUAUUUGAGAUCAAAGACUUUCCAGUACUGCAUGAAUGGAUACAAAUGCAUCAUAUGAAGGAUGUAUAAUGUUCCCACUCUCAAAAUUCUUAACAACCUCCUUUAAAAUUCCCAGCUGUUGUCUUGAAAUUGUUAUUCAGUGCCUUUCAUGUUUUACUACUUAAAUUCGUAACUAUAAUGUGAUGCUCAAUUGAUUGAUUUCAGUCUUGAUUGAUAUAAAGAUUUUCCAAAUGAAUUUUCCUCCCUGUGUUGCAUGAAGUGUAUAGCACACGAAAUGUGAUGUUAUUAAAACAAAUCUAUUCAGGAACUUUUGCGAACAAAAAUAUUUUUAGUAAUGGUACAAUAUUGUAUAUUAUUUUCAGUUUUGUUUCUGGUUGCGUUUACAGUGCAUCCUUGUACAAGCCUUCUUAUAAUAUAAGACAAUUAUCUUUAAAAAGUCUUCAUUUAGCAACUUAUUUUUAGUUAAAAUUGAGACAUGGGAAUUACUUAUAGAUAAGGCUACAAUCCUGUGCCUGUACUUCAGUUCCAUUGAACUCAAUGGCACUUACUUCCAAGUAAACACUCAGUGGAUUGCACUGCAUGGCUACAAUUCCAAGCAGAUUUAGUAGGAAGUAAGUACUAUUGAAAUCACUGGGCCUUAUUUCUGGGAUUGGACUAUAAGAUUUGCACUUGUUAUAGUGCCUUGAAGGUUGAGUUAUGCAUUUCAUACAGGGGAGGAGCAGAUGAAAAAUCUGUGACUUCAUUAAGAUAUUCCUAAUUUAAAAAUAUGUAUUACUAUUGUGUGAGAUUAGGAUCUAGGAAAUUCCUAAUAUAGAAAGUUGCCUAAUGAGUGUUCUAGCUUUGUAUAUGUUUUGUUCUUUAUCUAGUAUCUGAUAGAAUCAGCUACUGAGUAAUACUGUUGGAAAGCAAGGUAGAAGUGAGUGAAGUAUCCAAAAAAUGAAACUUGUUUUUGUGCAAUGACCUGUCACAUUAAUAUCAUGCCCUCAUUUACACAUUGGUUGCCUUGUUUGGAAAUUACCUUGUUUGUUUGUUUGUCACAUUUCUGCACCACCUAAAUCAGUGAUCUCAAGGCGAUUUACUAACUUUGAUGGGUAAGAGAAAUUAAAUCCUUCCCCUGGUUUUCUUCAGGAUUAUGCAUGUAUUAAUUGCUGAUUCAAUUUUUGUACCGCAAGACAUUUUUGAAAAAUAUAUUACAGCAUGUAUUGUACAGAUAUGUAGGAUGGCCUUAAAGAAUUCAACAAAUCACAUGGACAUAAGACCCCAGCAAUAGAGCACUCUCUUCAGUGUGGUGAUGUUUUUAUUAUUUUGUUAUUUAGGAUUAUUUAUUAUUAUAUUAGUAUUUGCUUCAUUUUAAUUCCACCCUUCCUUUAAAGGAGCUCAGUAUGGUAGAUUAGUAUCAUUUUAAACUGAUUGGGGUCAUACCUCGGUGUUGGAGCAAAUGCUUUGCAUAUAUGAGACCCCAGGAUAAGGAUUAAUCAUAAAUAGGUUCAACUAAGGACUGCUUUGAGCAUGACAGAUUUCCUUUGAUGUAGGAAGACACAUUUGAACUAAAUAUAAAUUAUCACAUGCAAUGAUCACACAACAAUCUAUUUUGACGUGUAAAUGCACAAAUAGGAAACUGCAGGUACAGGUGUGUAAAAGUGGUGCACUUGUAAUUUCCCAUUGAGUAUACACACAGGAUGACAUGCUGUGCAGCAUACCAUGGGUGAUUCUGCACUGCCCACAUUGCUGCAGGGAUCUAAAACAAUGCUGGCAUUUCUAAUAGCCAUAUCAUCAUGCAAGUAUGACUGUGCAAUUUUCCUUAGUGCCACAGUGCUCUUGCGCAAUAGCACCAGUGUUGUUUUAGAUGCCCACAGUAGCUCAAGAAGUACAGAACCACAUAUGACAUGCUGCAUGUCAGCCACAGAAAAUAGGCAUCUGAUUUAACCUCCUUUCCCUAAAUGGUUGUACUUUCUGUAUAGGAAAUUGAUUACAUGUGAGGUGUCCCUAGUAGAUCUCAGGAAACAGAACUCUUGGUUCAAGAUCUGUAGCCAGGCUAGAUUAGAAGGACUGUUGAUCUAGUUCCUGAGGCAACUCAUUUGAUGCUAUUUGAAAUUCAUACGGAGUUACUGGAAAUCAAUCAUAGCAGCCCUCUGUUGUGCAUCCCUGUGUUGAUUUGUGCUUGUGCAUUUUGUGUUCGAGUAUCAAAACUAAUAUUCCGUAUUUCAGGUCUGUCAAUCUGGGAUGCUUUGGCUGUGUACAGCAUACCAAACAUGUAUUGCAACAUGGCAAGCUUAAUGCAUCAUUUCAUGAAUGUUUUUUACAUUGCUGAAAAGCAGGAGGUAUUCUGCACCCUGCGGGACCUACAUGGAGGUCAUUCACACAAUACAAAACUGUGUUCUGCCCGGGUUUUGGAGUUGUAUGUGCUCCCAAUUUUUGAUUGUGUGGAAGCAAUGCAAGAGGAAAACCUGGGUAGUUGUGCGGAAGCAAGGUAGGAGGAAAAGCUACCCAGGUUUUCCUCCUACCUUGCUUUCAUACAGCCAGGGGCAACCCAAAGUAUUGCCCCAUGGCUGUUGUGUGCAUACUACUGUUAGAGAGGGGAACAAACAAUCCGUAUGAGAGCAGUGACACCCUAUUCACAAAGUGUAGUCAACUUGUUUGGUUAGAGCAUUUUAAAAUUCAUUGGAGAGAGAGAGAAUGGAAUUGGGGCAGGGGAGGAAUUGGUUUUGUUGCUAUUUUGGUAGAGCAUACAUGAAAGGUAUUGGUUGCCCAUGGAUUAAUCUGUGAUCAAAAGCGUGUUAGCAAAGAUAAUGGUGGCAAGUUUUAAAAGCUCAUAUUGUUCUGAGCUUCAAAUCUUGUCCAUUUCUCUGUAACAGAGAGAGCCUUAGACAGACAGAACCCAAACCUGUCCUUUCGUGUCAAUUUGGAUGGAAUGAGUACAGUUUCCACCCUUGCAAGCGGCGCAAUCCCAUUUUGUUUGGUAUUGCUAUAAAUUGUGUCCACGUAUAAGAAAACCUUAUUUAGAUGCUGCAAAUAUAUUUGCACUGGAUCCCCUUUCUACUCCCUCAACCUAUCAGAUGACCAGCCCUGCACUGAACAGCUGAUGCCCAAUAGGCUGACCUUUGUCACCUCUGUCCUUUUGUAUGCCUUGCAGCCCUCUCCUUAUCCCUCCUAAUUGGCUGCUCUGCCUCAAUAGCUCCUCUUAUGCCCAUAGCAAAGUUCUUUCAUGGUCCCUGCAAAGCAGGUUAUGGGUCUGGAUUCUCAGCAGCUCUAUCCACAUGGCACCACAGCAUGUGUUUCCAGCAUCCAGCCUGGCUCGAUCAUGGCAAGGCCUUGGGUCACCUGCCUGCUGUUCCUUUCUCUGCCUUUUGAUAGAUGCACAAGCACCAGGUCUCAGCCAGCCCAGGUGAAUCUGUUUGGUACUUCUUGGUCACAUUUUAAGCACUUGUAUAAUUUCAGAACAUAUUAAUUAGCAGUGCAAGUCACAGUCUACAAGGCUGUUGUCCUGUAAAGUAGACAGCCACAUUCAUUGGUGCUUUUUGAAAUAUAAUUUUAAUGAGAAACUGCAGUCAGUGAAAUCAUUAUUUCUUUUCCCAUUUUCUUGGUUCUUUCUUAAGGCAAGGUUUCUCCUUAUACAACUUAUGAACUUUACUACAGAGCUUUCUUAUCUAUUUUUAUAGAGUUGAUCUAACAAGAUGAGGUUAACUGCUCUAUGAGCAAUACCAUCUCAUAAUGGUCCCUAACAUUGUCCUUACUCAAAGACUGAUUCUGCAGGGUUUAUUCAUGCCAAACCAUAUACAGAUUCAGUUGAUUUCAGUGGGAAUCCAUGCAUUAAGUAUACACUAGGACCAAAUCCAUUUUCCACUGGAGUAAAAAGGAAAGUCCAGUGGAAGUAUGGAUUAGCUACUAAAAGUGUAUGUAGGGUUGAUAUGACCAGGGAAGCACAUAUCUACAUCUUCAGAAAAACCAUGUGGUACACAGAAGGGGGUUGACAUAACUGAAUGUUCCCUGUGUCAAAAACUCUCUGCCCAUAGAAAGCCGGCUCAUCAAGGAGAAGGUCCUGACAUAUUAGUUGUUGAUGUGCAGGGACCUUUUGGCAUAGGAUGUAUUGGAUCAUGAUUUCACUUGUGUUCUGAAACGGUAGUCUCAGGAGAUCUCUAUUCUGUGCUUUUUCUAGAUUGGCUCUUAAGAUUCCUUUGAUCUUAAAACAAUUUCAGAGUUGUUUAUGGUGACUAUGAACUAAUAAGUGAUCUUAGAGCAUUCACGUAUUAAGUUGUGGAGUUAUAAACAAGGUUAUCUGUAUGUUCUUUUCACUUUGAAGUGAUUUUUACUGUAUUAAAAAGAUAAACAUGGGCCUGUGAUGCAGUAAGUUAACAUGGAGAAAGCACAUGUCCACCAGAUUUGUAAAUGUGUGUAUUAAAAACUUAAUGUAUUGCAUAUUAUUCACAUACUUUUCUACUGCUUACAUACCACCGAUACACUCGGUGCCUUGUUUCUUUUGUAGAAAAGUGAUAUGGAGAAAAACUGAUGUUAUCCUACAUGAUCAGUAUCACUGUAACUUGUGAUUAUACCUGGCACAGGUGGUUUAGCAUAGCUUCUUCUUUUUCACAUAGUACAACAGGCAUAUUUGGUGGAAGGUUUUUCCUGACCUGCUUUCCAGGAAAACUGCCUAUUCUGUUUUGAUUGGUUGUGUUUGACUCAUGUAUGGUUGUCACAUGAUGAUGUUAACCAAAGAACCAGCCCUGUUCCUCAUGUAUUAGAAAAGCAAUGUUUUAAUCUUGCCUCCAUGUGAUCAGAUUUUACAAAGAUAAAUUAGAUGUGUUAAAUGCGUCAAAAAUUAUCUUCUCUGGUGUAUAAUGCUAUGUUAACAGCAAGAUAAUUAUUUGUAUAUUUUAGAUUUUAUUGCUCAAAUCUGCCCAGAAGAUGAACAAAAAUAUACAUGGCGAGAGCUGUUUUGAUGUCUACUCUCGGUUCAUACCUGUCCGAAGCAUACAGAUUUUAGAUGCCUUUUAGUGUGUCAUGUUCUAAUACUGUUCUAUCUGUAUGGACUCAAUCCAUUCCACCAUGGUGCAGUGUCUGCAUGUGGAGGGAUCCCCGCAGAACAUAACAGAACCCUGUUCCCUCUACCCCACUCCAGUAAAAAGGCGCUAAGGAUGUUAUAGGGAAUGAAACUACUCCUCUCCAUGGAGGAGGUGUGCUAGGUGGGGAUAUAUUCUAGGAGGCACACCCAAGCGUCCUGUUUUCUUUAUCAGCCUGUGUUGUGUUUGUGUGUGCACCUGUGUGAGCACAUUCCAGAGGGAGGGACUAGACAGGCCUCUGUUAUGCCUUAUAGAGAUCCCUCCACCUGUGGCCACAUGCCUGUGGUGGGUUGGAUCGAGCCCUUCGUGUUUACAUUUACAGUGAAAGACAGAUAUUUUAUUAAGUGUAUAUUUCUUAUGAAUAAGAUAAUAGGUCUGCAGAAUAGGUUUACAUUUUAAUUUUUUUUAAAAAAAUAUUUCAAUCUUGUUCAUCGCAAAAGAAUUUAAUUUUUAAUCCUAAGAGUUACAGUUUUUGUUUGGUUUUUUUCAUUUCUGGUUCAGCAUCACUGCAAAUUGCAUCCUUGAUAAAGAUUUUGUGUUAACAAAAUAACAGAAUAGGAUACUGUUCUGGAAAAUUGUGUGCUGCACAUGAUUUUUUUUCUCAGAUUGUAAAGUUGAUGGAAAUGAAAAUAUGGAUAUUAUGACCAAGUCACCAACAGCCUUUAAGUCCAUAAAUAUCCAUGAGUGGACCAGAAGCCUUCCUGAUUAACUUUGUCGACGUGAAACAUCAAUGUCCAGUUAAUGUUUCUUUCUCUUUAUAUACUUUUUCUGAUGAUGCUUAGAAUGGAAACAUAAGGAACUCUUCCUUUUAACACUUUGAUAUCCAUUAGAAAGCAUGGAUCUUGUAAUCGAUUCCUGCUGUUGACUUUAUGCAUUCUUACUGCUUCUCCUGGCUAAUUUCCCGUAUGCUGCUACUGUACUUUCAGUUGAAUAAAUAGAAAUCAGCGUUUUCUAUAAAUAAACUUGUUCUCUAUUUUUAA